AUGACUAGGGUGGGGACAGGUAUAGGCGGUGCAACCUUCCAGCUCUGGAGAGGCGUUGCUCGAAGUGAGGCACUGGGUGUCGCUUGGGAAGACGAGCAUGCAGUCUGCGGCAGCGGGGGCUCGCAAUCUCUUCAGGCGCUGUACGACUGCGCAGAGCUGAAGAGCAGCCUCGAGCCCAUGUCGUCGUCGUUUCAUGGGCAUUCUUCGGGGCUGUCGGCAGAUUAUGGGAGCCGGCAGACGGAGAUGGCCGGGAGUGCCAGCGAAAGGUACCUUGCUAUUUUGCUUCUUGAACGGCAGAAGUUGGCGCCCUUUGUAGAGGUGCUACCAAACUGCAGUAGGCUGUUGCAGCAAGAAAUCGCCCGAGUAGCUGAGAGCGCCUCCUUGUUUGACACCGACUCCCUGACCCUAGAUAGCGUCCUUAGUCGUCAGUCGUCUUUUGGUGCCGCAUACCCCUCCCCCGGAACCCCUCGCACCCCUGACUCCCCAACUAACUGGCCCGCAAUGUCGCCAGAGGGUUAUCCGCACCAGAGCGCCCCGUCUCCUAGCGGCGCAAGCGGAAUGGGCUGGAGCGCCUCUCAGGGUUCGCUCGCCCAAGGGCCCGUCGUGAAACGGUCGAGGAAGGUCGAAGUUCCGGUCGACAAAUAUCCGAAUUACAACUUCGUGGGGCGAAUACUGGGGCCGCGGGGCAACUCGUUGAAACGGAUAGAAGCGGGGACCGGCUGCAAGGUGCUGAUACGAGGGCGCGGCUCAAUAAAGGACCAAGUAAAGGAGGAGAAGAUGCGGGACAAGCCGGGGUUCGAGCACCUGAAGGAGCCGCUGCAUGUGCACAUCGAGGCUGAGAUGCCGCUAGGCAUCGUGGACGCACAACUGAGCCAGGCCGUAGAGAUCAUUCACGAACUCAUCAAGCCAGUCGACGAGAGCAACGACCAAGUCAAGAAAGCUCAACUGCGCGAGUUGGCCUACUUGAACGGGACGCUGCGUGUGGAGGGCGGGGGGCCCUCGCUGAGCCCUGCGCGGGUCUCCAUGGGCAUGUUAUCCGCCGAAAUGAAGCGCUUGCGGAGAGAACCCCUCGGCUGACAAGGCCUCUUCCAUUGCUCCGGCGGGCCGGUUGGAAAGGGUCGCGCUCAAACCUCGACUUGCGAUGCAUUCUUGACUUGCGUAGGGCGCUGAACGUAACAAAGCUCAAGUGCUAUGGAGGGUGGGUUACGAUUAUCGGUCUAGCCGUAGCUAGCAUGGCUAAUCAUUGCAUUUGCUCAUUUGACGAGAAAUUGACUUCAAACAUAGGCAAUAAAGAGGGGCUAACCAUGAUGGUACUAAACGUUUUCCACGGCGCCGCCGGCUCUAAGUGGUAAAUAGGUCUUGAAUCUAGACGAGAACUAUAGCCAGCAAAUACGGAGGAGUUUUAACCCGGUUUGGAGGUGGCCGGGCUUAUGUUGAUCCAUCGCCACUGCUGAUCUAAUUGAACGGUUCGCGUUGGAUAACCUUGGAGACUGUUGCGCUCGGGACAGUCAUUCGUAAGUACCUAGGGAUCAGUCGAUCUUAGCAGCAACCAUUGCCAAACUUCCUUUGUACGGACACUUGAUACAUUGUAGGCAUACUUGAGGGCCAGAAGAUUGGACAUUUCCCUGUAUUGAAGGUGCGCGUUUGACGCGAUCGGGACUACAAUCCCUUCCAGUCGGAC